GAUACGCCAGAGAAGGAGGGGGAAGGUCUUGAUGCGAGUGUGUGUGUGUUUUCUCUCUCUCUCCCUCUCUCUCUCUCUGCGCGUGUGUGUGCAUGUGUGUGUGUGGAUGUGUGGAAGCAAAGGAGGAGGAGAAGGCGGCGAAGGAGAAGGGGGCGCCCGUCCGCUGCCCCAGCGAGCGAGGGGGUUGAAAAACGCAAAGAGAAAGAAGCUCAGCUAUCAUGAGCCAGCGAAGCAAGCGCUAAGUAGGGUCCGCGGCCGGAGGAUCGGAAGCACUUUUAUCUUCCAAACGCGGAUGGAACGUUGAAGAGGCCACAUCAAAAGCUCCUGGCGGGGGGGCAAAAACACCCGAUCGAACGUUGGGACAAACAUUCGAUCGAACGUCGGCGCGGCCGAACUCGCAGCCCGAGGGGGCACAGACAGACUGAACCUUCGGGGGGAGCGCCUUUCCCCGUCCUCUCUUAAUUUAUUUUCCCACUCUCGCUUUUUUUCUUCUUCUUCUUCUCUUUUUCUUUUUCUUUCUUUCUUUUUUCUUUUCUUUUUUUUAAAAAAAGCCUCCCUCCCUCGUUUUACUACACUGUAGCCAUUUCCGUUUGCUUGGACAUUGUUAAAAGCUGCCUCCACCGUCUCCGUCGCCGCCGGGAGAACAAUAGGAAGGCAGGAGGGGCGACCGGGGCGCCCACCCCGGCUGCGCCCCGGGAAUCUUCAGCCAUACUUGUGGAUGUAACCCUCCCCCACCACAAAGCUGAGCAGACAGGCACCAUUUCAAUCGGUGGGAAUAUGAACCAGCAACAAAGAAUGGCUGCAGCAGGAACCGACAAGGAAUUAAGCGAUCUCCUAGAUUUCAGUAUGAUGUUUCCCUUGCCGGUGACUAAUGGAAAAAACAGGCCCACGACUCUUGGUAGCACGCAGUUUGGUGGAUCAGGUUUGGAUGAGCGACCGACUUCAGGUUCUUGGGCAACAGGAGAUCAGAACAACUCCACGUUUGACCAAGUCAGGCAGGGUUAUGGCGAAGGUUCACACUACAGUGAACACAGGGACCUGCCAUCCCAUAACAGCAUAUCUUCGUCAUCAUUCCUGGGGUCUGGAAUAGUAGGAAAAGGUACAGAAAGAAGCAACUACCCAUUUGGAAGAGAUGCAGGCAUGCCAGCUAUCAAUCAGCCUGGCUUUCUGCCUAGUGAAAUAGGGAUUUCGAGUCCCAGCACGCUCUCCCCAACGGGGGUGAAGGGAAGCUCGCAGUACUACCCAUACGCCAACAACCCUCGCAGGAGAGUCGCAGACAGCAACAUAGAUGGACAACCGAAAAAAGUCCGAAAGGUGCCUCCAGGACUCCCGUCUUCAGUGUAUCCACCCAACUCAGGUGAUGAAUACAGCAGGGACUCAGCCAACUACGCACCUUCCAAGCCUCCCAGCACCGUCUACCCUGGAGCCUUCUACAUGCCAGAUGGGCUUCACAAUUCAGCAGACCUGUGGAGUUCUUCCAGCACCAUGAGCCAGUCGAAUUAUGGGGCCAUCUUGGGCGCUUCUUCCUCCCCGCUUCCCCAGUCUAGCAACUUCAGCAAUCUUCACCAGCAUGAACGCAUGAAUUAUCAGAUGCAUUCGGGCGAAGUCAACGGUGGACUCCCAUCCGUCCCUGCAUUUUCUUCAGCCUCCACUCAAUAUGGAGUGUCCAGCCACACUCCCCCGAUUGGUGGGACAGAAAAUGUCAUGGGCAAUCGUGGAACCACCGCUGGCAGUUCAGGGGAUGCACUUGGAAAAGCAUUAGCUUCAAUCUACUCUCCAGAUCAUUCUAGCAAUAAUUUCUCUUCGAACCCAUCCACUCCGGUGGGCUCCCCUCAGGGAAUAACAGGUUCUUCGCAGUGGCCCCGAACAAGUGGACAGGGUGCCUUAUCUCCAAGCUACGAAGGCACCCUCCAUACUUUGCAAAACAAAAUGGAAGACCACUUGGACGAAGCCAUCCAUGUGCUGAGGAGCCAUGCAGUGGGCCAGACCAACCACAGGGACAUUCACGACUUGUUGGCAUCCGCUUCUGCGCACAGCACUUCUGUGGGCAGCCUUAGCCAGUCUUUCUCCCCGGCUUCUGUCUUGCCAAUUGCUAGUCGGCAUACGAACUUGGUUGGUGGGACUUGGUUGGAGGAUGGAAAUGUUGGUGUUACUUAAAACAAUCCUGGUCUUCUCCACAACCAUGUUGCUCUCCCUGCCCAGACCAGCUCGCUUCCUGACCUCAGCAGAGGACAGUCUUCAGAUGCCUUUAGCGGUAAGGGCUUGACUGGGGGCCUGGGAAGGGCCAGCGUCUCAUCUGGCACCAGUGAGAUCAAGCGGGAGGACAAGGAGGAUGACGAAAACACGUCGGUGGCUGACAAUUCAGAAGAGGAGAAAAAGGAACUGAAGCCAUCUCGAAACAGAACAAGCAGUACGGAUGAGGCGCUAUCCCUGGAGGACAAAGAUCUGAGGGACCGGGAGAGGCGGAUGGCCAAUAAUGCAAGGGAGAGGGUGCGCGUACGGGACAUUAACGAGGCCUUUAAAGAGCUGGGACGCAUGUGCCAGAUGCACUUAAAAACAGACAAAGCACAGACCAAACUCAUCAUCCUUCAGCAAGCAGUACAAGUCAUUCUAGGCUUGGAACAGCAAGUACGAGAGCGCAAUCUGAACCCUAAAGCAGCUUGCUUGAAACGUCGUGAAGAGGAGAAAGUGUCUGGCGUGGUGGGUGAUCCCCAGAUGGCACUUUCAGCAUCUCAUGCAGGCUUAGGAGAUGGGCACAACCCCGUGGGACAUAUGUAAAGGUACUUUCUGCUGGAACUGGGAUGGGACUUUUCCUGA